CCACAUUCCGACCACCUUUCAGGGAGAGAGCGAAAAUAGCUCCUACCUUUCAACGGAUUUUCGUUAAUUCAUUCUCAUUCAUUUCUCAAGGUAUUUAAGUCUCUGUUGAGAGGUAAAUACAUCGCACCCAUCAUUCAAAACCACUCGCAACGUUCUCUUAAUUAUACUCAUUCGCUCAUCGUCUGAAUGUAUAUCUAUUUUUUCUCUAAUAUCUAAAAACAAUGGACUCCGAUAAUCAAUGGAGCUGGCAUUCACAACAUACACACCCACAGUCAGUUCAAUUAUAUAUACCCGUUCGAUGGGUUCAACCAUAUACAUCAGUUCAGCCAUAUCAUUCCCAAAGCCAAAUGCUACCAGCAUACUUCAACCAAUUCUCGUUCCAUCAACAUUCACAAAAAACUCCAUUCUCUCAACCUCAUCAUCAACAGAACUACUCAAACCAAACACUACAGUGUCCUCCUACUCUACAAUUUCCCCUAUAUGUACCUCAAUAUAUACAACAGCCUCGCGCUGUAACGCCAUCUCGAAGACUUAAUCGAUCGGUGGAGGCCAGAGCUCGACGAGGCGAGAAACUUAGAAUUAGAAAGGAAGAGCACUCGAGACAAUUCAGAGAGAGGCAGGAAAGAAGGAUGAGAAAUAGAACUGAGGAUUUGACAGGUAGGUCAAUUACCACGAUCUAAUAGAUAUUCAGAUUUAACAUUCUAUAUCAGAUGCUGCGGGAAAGUCUAUCGGAAAAUCCCCAUCUGCGCAACAACCAUUACCCCCGAAAAUUCCGAGUAUAUCUGGUAUUUUUUAACAACUCAAAAUGAAAGCUCGCAUUCCUUUCCUCUCCCAAACGGACCUCUACUCAACAUUAGGAUGCUGAAAUCUCACCAUCUCUCCCUGAUCUCCCACAUCCCUUACCUCUUCCAGACAGGCCUCUACUUCAGCAUCAGCCAGUGAAGAUGCCGAGCAGAUUCCUUAGAACUGCAGCGAAACGCCAAAACCAAUUUCUAAAACCAAAUUCAAAAACAAAUACUACACUGAUAUCGAAUUCCUUGUUACCCACAACGAACAACGAUUCCUCUAAACCUACUUCUCCUAAAACUUCACCUCGUCACCAGAACAUCGAGAACACACCAUCUCUCUCUGAUCUCCCACUUGCCGGAGGAGGCAUAUCGGCUUACGAUCAAGAAAUUGAAGAGUCCGAACAAUUGUUUUAUUGUUGGAUGGCAGAUGGUGCGACAUGUUGGGAAAACAAGCUGGUCUAGAUAUCGGAAGAAAUGCUCCAAGAGGUUGUAUCACCCCCAUACCAACUUCGUUUCUGCAUGUGAUCAAACACACCAGAAGCAAGAUGCAAUAACUAAUGGACAAACUGAAGUGCUCGACAUGCUACGAGGGCUUUACGCUGCGGCGGCAAAGAUGAUGGCAGAUGCCGUAAACGAAAUGACACCAGAAGACUUAACAAAGGCAGCUGCUGGAAAAUCCUUCUACAAUGUUUUGCAAGGUGUCAGCAAAUCUGUACCAUCUAAACAGGCUUUGAUCGCAUCGGCUGCCGUCGCAGUAGCAGGACACAAGGAAGAUGGACCCACCAAACGCCGAACUCGCGGUAAAAAAAAGUCUACAAAUCUACAUUUGCCGAGGCUAUGGAUGAAAUGCCUUUCUCCAAAGAGCCAGAAAAUUCGAGAAAACCAGCCUCGUUUCUAUAUCAAUGGAUAGAUAAGGAAAUUUUUGACGCAGUUGCUAAUAGGACUUUCAAGG